UAUACCGAAGAGUCGCUCUGUUAUUAUAAUUCUGAUACUCCGCAAAUUUUUAACUGCCAUUUCUAAUUAAUAUAAACAAACAUGCACCUGUACUGCUUUACAGGGAUAUUUAAAUGCAUUAUUAUUGUUUAUAUGCGUGAUUGCUAUACUUCAUGUUGUCUUCAUCUUCAAAAAUAACUUCUUUUUUAUAUAAUUGUGUCAGAACAAAUUAUUUUAGUCAUGGCAGAUAAAAAUAUUGAAAGUGUAGAUUUCUUUAAAGAUCAAGAAGAAGUUUCCAACAAAAGAAAGAAUUCUGAAAAACUUAUUAGUAAACGUAAAAAGGUUGCUAAAUUAAGUGAUAAAAAUACUGGUUCCAAUGUACAGAUAUGUUUCGAGGACGCUUGUUCCAAUGACACCGUGGAUAAUGUAUUGGAAGACAUGGCAGAAGAAAUUGAUAAUGUGUUGGAACAAACACAAUACAAAAAUAAAUUAACUCCUGCAAAAGUUAAAAACAUUUUGAGACAUAUUAUAGCAAAUGAAUAUGUGCUUGCCAUGGUUCGUAACACAAUGAAACCAGAAAACAGUGAUGAUGAAGAGCAGGGAGACUCUACCUAUGAACCUAAGUUGACAAGAUCUAAAGCCAAAGAAAUGAGAAAAAAACAAUAUACUCUUCCUUGGCCAGUUUCUUCUCCUGUGAAAAAAGCUGAGAAAGUUUCCCAGAAACUUCUUGAAGAAGAAUUUCCAGAUGAAAGCUCAUCUGAUGAAGAUUACAAACCAAAUGAAGAAGAGUCUCCUAGCGAUGAUGAAGAUGUAAUUGCAACAUCACCAAAAGCAAGUGAUUCAGCACAACUUCUCACAACUGUUUAUUCUUCUUCACCUGUUCAGACUACUACAGAACUGGUAUCUGAAGAAGAAAAAAUUCUUUCUGCUGAAUCAGUUCCAUUUGAUAUUCUAUCUGGUAAAAGUGAAGCAGAUAAAAUUGCUUUACGAACUCGUUCCAAGCUUUGCUUAAAUGACACUCCUUUGGAAGACAUAGAAGCUUCAUUUAUAGCUCCUGAUAUCACAAUUGAUAUGUAUGAUACCAAAUGUGAUGAUGAAGAGUGGCAAGAAUUUUUACGAGAAUUGUGUAAACCUAUAGAUCCACAAGUAGUUUUAGAACAUCCAGAAGUAGAUGAUGUUGAAGAUGAUCCAGAAUAUAAAGUUUUAGAUGAAGAAGAUGUACCAGAUUACAAUGAUUUGCGUUAUGACAGCUCUGUAAAAAUCACAAGAGAUGAACUGAAUGCUUUGAUGGCUGAAAUAUUGGAUUUUGCUCAACAAGACUUGGGUGAUUUGGAUGACGAAGAGGAUGAAGAAAAUAGAACUCAAAUAGGGAAUGAUACAGCUCCUAUUGUAAAUGGUGGACCUGUUUCAUUUGAGAAUGUUCAGUCUCAAUGGAUGAGUUCUGAUGAGAGACUUCAGUUAGAUGAACAAAUAAGAAUGUAUGUACAGAUUCUUGCACAGUCCUAUUUACUCUCUCAUGGAAAUCCACAACUCAAUUUCAUAAAUGUGUCAUCAAAAUUAUUUCUGGAUGAAAUGAAAAUGUUUGCUUCUCGUGAGAUGGCUUCAAAUGAAAGAUCUGCCUUUUAUGCUCAAAAUCUAGAUGGUGCACUUGAAAUUGUAAAUGAGUAUGAGAACCGUAAAAUUCCUUUACGCCCCAAAAAUGUUACACCUGUUAAAAAGUCUGUUCUUCCACCUGUUCCUCAGCAUGUGAAAAACACUCUAGCAACUAGUAAGGUUUUUAUUUAUCCUGAAUUAUUGCCUGUUUGUGGAUUUCGAGAUGUAUUUGAGAAACAAAAAACUAAGUUCUCUGCUCCUGAAGAUAAUCUCAUAGCAUUGGGUAUGGAACAGUUUGCUGAUGUGAAAAAUCCUGUUGAGUGCAUUCAGGCUUUAUUGGUCCCUACUAAAACGGUUGAACAAAUAAAGAUUAGAAUCAAGAAUUCAAAAGUUAAAAAGAAUUCUCUGGAUAAUCCUAUUAAGUUCUAUCAUGUCUACAAACAAGCUCCCCAAUUUCAAAGAGUUAUUCGUAUAUUUGAUCCAUUGAAUGUUAAAGCUCCAGAAAAUUAUCCAUCAGAAGUCCUUCCAAAAUGGAUGGAAUCUUACAGCAAAGUUGGGAUCCAUGCUCAUGCUAACCCAGUAAUUGCUCCAAUUCAGCCCAAAGGGAACACAAAACCACCCGUAGCUAUUGUCCGCCCAAUGUUCCGUAAACCUCUAGAAUCCAGAAAACUUCCUCCCAUACUUCCAAGAGGCUUUUCUCCUCUUAAACAGAUAUCACCAAUUCUUAGAAAAUAUUCUCAACAAAGACGCAUUGUGCCAGUUGUACCUUUUAAUAUAACCUCUCCCCAUAAAAGAAAAUAUCCUCCAAAACAAUAUGCAAAGCCUUUUAUAAAACCUGCUCCUCUUAAUAUAAAUAAUCUUCUGAUACUGGAUAAUAAGAAAGCGCCUAUUAAUAAAGAAACUAGCUUUCCAGAGAACAGAAAUGGUGAUGGAAGUCAGACUGUCAAGAAAAAAGGAAAUUUGCCCUCCACUCAACGAACUUCUAUGCAAAGUGUGCCUGCUGCUAUGGAAACAGAACAAAUCAUAUCUGGUCAUCUUUCUGCUUCAGAACCUCAUGUAGAGACUGAAAUUUUAGAUGAAGCUGAUGAAGAAAUUGCUGAAGAAGAGCAGGAUCUGGCAGUUUCUAUGGCAGUCACUAAUAAUGUGAAUGGGAAGAAACAAGUUGUUAGUAAAAAAAGGAAUAAGCUCCAGAGAGAUCUGGAGGCAUCUCUUGCACUUCUUCAGCCAACACUGUUGAGAGAUGAUCCAAAGAAAGAGGAGCGAGAAGUAUUAUUUGCAAAUUCUUAUCUUUUAAGAGCAUCUGAAGUUUUGAAAACUAAUCCAGAAGUGUAUGAACAAUUUUUAUCUAUCCUUUGCAAAUAUCAUCAGAGUACCAAAUCUCCUGUAGAAUUGUAUAAUGAACUAAAAGAAGUUUUGAAAGAUUACCCAACUUUAGUGAGAGAUUUCAUAAUCUUUUUAAAGCCUGAACAAGCUAAAGAGUGUGGGAAAUACAAAGAACAUAUUGCACUGAGUAGAAUAAGAGAAUUUUUUUGGAAAAUAGAAAUGCAUUUUAAGCACCAGCCUCAGUAUAUCACUCGCAUUUUACGAACAUUUGCUCAGUUGCAACAGCAAGUAGAUAUAACUUCAUCUGAAGUCAUCACUGCCUUACAACCUUUGCUUAGAAAUCAAAGUCAUUUGAUGGAAGAGUUAUAUAACAUUUUACCAGAUGUCUCUCCACCUGAAUACUUAAUGACAGACUUCGAGGAUGUGACAGUUCCUAAUAGUGAUGAUGAUAAUUCUAGUGUAGACAGCUGUGAAGAUAUAAUGAUUCCUGAUACUCCAGAUCCUUAUGGUGGUAAAGACUGUCCUUGUGAUUGUCACAAUUCCUCAACUGAUAAUAGGAUGUUGAAUAAAAGCCGUCACUGUGUUAAAUGUGGUGUAAAGUUCAUAGAUGGCCGCAUAUAUAUUCAAACUGGUAAAGUUUUGAAGCCCGCACAAGUAACAUAUCAUGAUCCUCCAUCGAGUUCAGUAGAAAAAGAGAAAGUUAAUGGCCAUCCUGUGGCUCCUAAGUCUCAAGUGCUUUCUGACACAUGUCCAAAAUCUACUCCUACAAUUGAAACCAAUGGGAAGAUAGAUAGUAUUGCAUCAAAAAAGGAUACAUCAAAACUGCACAGUGUACAGAAACCAGUUCUGAGUCAUGAUGAGCAUCCUAUAUUAUCAAACAACAAACUACCCUGUGAUGUUAUUGAAGACACUGUUUUCCCAGCUGUCACAAAUAACUUAAAUAAGAGUGCUCCAUCUGAUUUCAGCCACAUAAGAGACAUGAUAAGGCCUGUUACUACAGCAGAAUCAAAUGGGAAAACUUCAUCUACUCAGAAUAAGAAAUGGACAAGAGAUCAAGAUAAACUUAUUAUUUAUAACUGCCAAAGAUUUGGAAUAAGCCGUAAAGCUUUUUCAACAUCGGCUGCUGCUAUAAAAGGCAGAACAGUUGAAGAGGUUGAAGAGAGAUUCUUAAAUUUGAUGAAGAUUCUGUCAGAAGAAAUGAGGAAGCAAUAAAUUUCUUACUACUUUUUUAAAGAAAAGAUGAUAAAUAUUUUUUAUCUAGUCAUAAAAGUUUUCUGGUUUCUGUAAAUCAUCAGUGGUUUGUAAGAUUUAUUUACAUUUUUUUAAUCUUUGGACUUCCAGCAAAUUGAACAAGACACUUUUCAAUAAAAGGAGCUGAUGUAUAUAACUA